UGUUACUGUAGUGUAUGUUGUCCACGGGAAAACAAAAGCUUUAAAAUACACAAAAAAAUUAUCGAAUUUAGGGCACUAAGGUGAACCACGAUGGAACUUAGUGAUGGGAGUUAUCUUUCUUUGGUUCCAAGUGAAAUGGAUGAUCCAUGGAAAGACCUGACGGAUCCAAUUUUAUUGACACUAUUCUCCUACCUGAAUGUACAAGAAUUAAACAAUGCUGCCAGGACUUGCAAGAAUUGGUAUCGUAUUGCUCAAGAUGAAAGUUUAUGGAGAAAUCUGACUUUAAAAAGACUUGGAUGUCAAUAUCUGCGCAAGGAGGAUAGUUGGAAAUUGGAGCUGAAACGUUUAAUUUGUCACGUCCCAGUGCAUCUGCACCAAACAUGCACAGGUCACGUGGACGAGGUCUACAAUGUAUGCUUCUCUAACAGUGGAAGUCUUAUUGCUACGUGUGGAGCAGACGGCAUUGUAAAUAUUUGGAAAUAUGGGAUUAACACAGUGUUGUUAAUUUCAAAGAAAGUUACAGACGACCCUGAUUAUGUGAACUACGUUGAGUUUAACGAUGCAGAAACACACCUUCUUGUUCAUUCUACAAGCAGAAGUCUCGAAUAUGACAGUACAUUAGCUGUGCUUUCCAUCCAAAGAGAGAUUAUGUAUAUCGUGGCUGCCAGACACUCCGGCGUACGACAUUUCAGAGGAACAUGGCUGAACAAUGAAACCUUCUUGAAUGUAAAUAAAUCCGAUCUUUUCCCUCCUUAUGACGUAGUAUUAACCGCAUGCAGGUUUCAUGAAGACGUCUUUGAUGAAGAUGACCGUCUUUUAUCGGAGCUACGGAUCCCGGACUGUUUCUCAAAACAAAAUGUAGACACAAAAGAUCUUCUAAAAAUUGAACAAGUAGGGUUCAAUCCUGAUUUUGUUAAAGUCAUAAACUGGUCAGAGUGGAAUUCUUCGUCAAAUGAACCAAAGGACAAUUCUGCCACAAACGUGAAAGUUAUAGCGCUCUACAAACAGAGGCUAAAUCGGUCUGGUGAAAACGGAGCAGUGUUUUAUAAAGUUAGCUUAGAUUCGUUAGAAUCCUUGGUGAUAGAGCCAAUCAAAACUGUUUUAACAAAUAGUGCGUGUCUGGGAAUUCAGCUUUCCACUAAUCACAGGUACAUGGUAUACAACUUGAGGCGACUUUCAACUGAAGGGGUCUACAUCAUGCACGAGAAGGAUGUCGUUACCAUGGUGAUCAGUCUGGAAAACACUGAAGAACAACCGGAAAUAUUUUGUGACCCCAAACCUGCAGAUGAUUCAUUAACAAUAUCUUACUUCUUUCCAAGUGUGUCUGAAGACCUCGUCGCAAAUGAAUCUGAACCGGAUGUUGUUUUCCUAUGGGAUCGUCACUCGCAUAAAGUCGUUUCCAGGUUACACCAUCACACUGGUGUGAGUGCUGUUGCCUUCCACCCACGUGACCAGGAAGUCCUAGCUAGUGUAGCAGACGAUAAAAAACUCAGAAUAUGGACGUCUUUGAAUAGAAAAGAGAGCUAUAUAAUUGAUUAAUCUCUGGAAUAUAAUGUCGCAUAGCGCCAUCAAAUUCAUUUUUUGUACAUUGGAUGUUUAUUUCGUGAUAGUUGUACCACCUAGAAAUCUUUUGUCCA